ACGAUAACAUUCCUGUUUUAAAUGUUCCAUUUCUGCUUCCUUUAAAAAAAACGGCUGUAAAUGGCUAAUAAAGUACGUUCCACAACGUCGUGUCACCACUGCAUCGUCAAUCUCUGUUUGCUUGGCAGCUCCUCUGCUUUACACUCUCCCUCCGCUCUCAUCUGGCAAUGACUUCGUACGGCUCAGUUGCUGCAGAAGAUUCAUCUACGCCAUUGCUUGAAGAGCAACGUCCCCGUUCAGAACAAAAGGCGGACGACCGAGCGGAAUGGCGCGUACAGCUUGGCGAAAUCCUCGAGAAUGAAAAGGUGCACCUGACAAUUGUCGGCAUGACGCUGUUGGACGCAACUUUAGUUUUGUUUCAGAUCAUUUAUACCUUUUUCCAUGAAUGUCAAAUGGGAGGAUCACCUAGCCCCUGGGUCCAGAGCUUAAUCGAGGCUGCCGACGUUAUUAGCCAACUUGUUACCUGCAUUUUCUUGAUGGAACUGACUCUUGCGCUGGUCGCGUUCGGCCCGCAAUACUUUUUGCCCGGCUGGCCUCAUUGGAAAUUCCAUGUAUUGGAUCUUGUUGUUGUCAUUGCAACCUUUGUGUUUGAUAUCGUGUUGCAUGGCAAAGAACGCGAAGUGGCGGAACUUUUAAUCAUCUUCCGUUUGUGGCGUGUUGUGAGAAUUGUCGAAGCUGCAGUACUCAGCAUGUCGUAUGCAAAUCAAGAGACGGUGGAGAAUAUCAACGAUGAGUUAGAAGAGCUCAAGUCUGCUUACGCCAAGAUUGAAAAGCAACUGGAAGACGAAACGCAGAAACGUCUGGAGCUUCAAAACCAACUGGAUCAGCUUCGAUCUGAACAGUAACAAGAGCUCCAUAGCUUAAAUUAGAACGUAUAUUGAUUAUAUACCAUGCAGGUCAAUAAAGAGAUAAUGAUACCAUGUCUAAG